UGCAACGCAGCCGAGGGACGGUACCGUAGGUAGACUGAAGACAAAGCGAUUUCUAGAUUGGAAAAAAAUGGGUAAAAAACACAAGAAGCAUCACAGAUCUGAACGAAAGGAGAUCGACGAUGGAAUGCCCGACAAGUCGGAACGUUCGGGGGAGCCUCCACUCAGGCUGGUUCUUAAGGUUGGGCCAGAGAACAUCAUGACAGCUUCUCCCAGCUCCGAUCACUUCAGUGCAGCAGCAGAUUCACCGGCGACACCGGAUACAGAGUACAGACAUUCUCAUCACAAGAAGAAAAAGAAGAAGAAGAGGAAUGACCAUGAUAGGAAAAGGACAUCGGGCCACUUUGACACCAGCCAGUCAGCCACGCCCGACCCCGAUACCCAGGAAGAUGAUGACUAUGAAGUGGAAGGAAGCGAGGAAGGGAUGGAAGAAGGGGGUUGGUCUGAACCGCCUCCCUCUAAGAAGAUCCUCCUCUCCCUUCAUGAGAGACGGGCCAACCCUUCAAGACAUUGUAAAGAGGAACCACCAGCAGUUCCUGAGAAAAGGCCUAUUUUGAAAGUACUAGAGAACCUCCAGAAAACCCUUCAAAGGAAAGAUGUUGAUGGGUUUUUCGCAUGGCCAGUGAAUGACAUCAUCGCUCCAGGCUACUCAAGUAUUAUCCUACAUCCAAUGGACUUCAGCACAAUGAAGAAAAAGAUGGAAAGAGAAGAUUACAACUCAAUCGAUGAAUACAAGGCUGACUUUGUUUUGAUGUGUGAGAAUGCAAUGAAGUACAACCGACCCGAGACCGUUUACUUCAAGGCAGCCAAGAAACUUCUAUCUACCGGGCAGAGAGUCAUGAGCAAGGAGCGAUUAGCAACCAUCAAGAGGGCAUUUGGGUGUGUGGAUGAAGGAGAGGGGCGAUCUAAACCCAGAUCUAAGCCCAAACCCAGUCAGAAGCUGCAUGCAGAGGUAGAGAGCAUGCCCCUUCCUGAGCUCAUGGAUACAAACACAAUGGAUACCAUGGUAACGGAUGAUGCAUCAACAACAAACCAGACUGAUGUUACUGGGAAAUCUGAGGAUGAGGAUGACAUGGAUGAAGAUGAUGCCAAAAUUCUCAUCCAGGAGGUUUUAGAGGCAGCCAAAGCUGCAAAAGAUAGACUGACAGCUAGAAAACCCAAUAGUAAGUUUGGUUUCCUGAGGAAAGACAAAGCUGGUACGACCACCCUGUCUGUUCUGAACCCUGAUCGGGGUGAGAAUGAAGAGAAUCGUAAGGUCAAUCUUGGCUUGUUGACGGGUAGAUUGUCCCAUGGUACGGCAUCAUUACCAGGAUUCAAAGAAGAUAAGAGAAACAAAGCUCUUCCUGUGAGCUACCUGAUGUAUGGCCCAUUCAGUUCCUUUGCUCCAGGAUAUGAUUCAACUUUUGCUAACCUGAGCAAAGAAGAAUCUGAUCUUAUCUACAGCACAUAUGGGGAUGAGGAAGGAGUCAAAUAUGCAAAAAGCAUUCAAGAGUAUGUGAAGGAUAGCGGUGAUCAUGUGACCAAGAUGGUGGAUAAUCUCCUUGACUCGCUCACCAACGGAGAGCAUAGCAAGACCAAGGAACAAAUAAGGCAGAAUCAGGAAUUGAAAGAGUUCCAGGCAGGAUUGGGCGAACCAGGUAGUCAGUUAACAGAUGGAGCUAGUGGAGGACUAACUUCAACACAAGGUGUCAAGAUUGACUUUGAGAGUCUGAAAUCAUUGGCUGAUGAAGGCAUUGACAUGUCAUUCCUACCAGCUUUAGAGAAAGAGAUGGCCGUGAUGGACAAGAUACAGAGCGAGACCGAGAAGGAGGUUGAUCAGAAGCUUGGAAAGACUGCCGAGCUGAUCAGGGAUCUUGAAAGAAGCCAGAACGAACGUCUCAACCGUAAACCACCACCUCAUCUUCAGUAUAUCCAAGGCCCUUCGGAUCAGGAACAUGCCAUCGCUGAACAACUUACUCAACAACUCAAAGAACUUACUGCCAAGACACUACCCGGCCACCUUGCCCAGACGGAGUCUGUUCGUAAGGCAAUGGGAAUCACUAUGGAGCCGCUAUUCGAUUCCCCGCCGCCCUCCAUAGCUACCUCUCAGACUGCUCCCAGCGAGACUACAGAGGGCAGCAGUGCUCUCCCCGACGACAACGCCCUGCCGGAUGACAUAGCUAAGGAGCUCGAGGCAGAUGAGACUGGUACAACCGGGGAUGAGGAGGGAAAGGGGGAUGAUGAUGUCGAUGCUGAGGUUGGAGAUGAACUCUUAGAGCUGUUAAGGGAUAAAGAUGGUGGAUCAUAGAUAGCAUUCUCCAGAAUUCUUACAAGUCUACUGCAGUCCUUGGUUUUCAUUUACCCUUGAAAAGUUCCCGUAAUGUAAAUUCCAUUAUUUAUAAGUGUUCGCUUGGCAAUAUGAGCACUUCACCAGUGACUGGCUGGAAUAUGCCCUGAGGGAUUGAGAAUGAUUACAUUGCAUGUAGGGUAUGAGAGAUUGAAUUACGGAAAAAUAUAACAUCGGGCAUGGGGCAAAUUUCCCCCGAAAUGCCCAAAAGAGCCUUGGAAAUUUCCAUAUGGUGCAGUGUACUACAAUGUAACAAAUUUGUCUGAGCUCAAAAGAAGUUUUUUUUAAAAACUAUUAAUUCUUCUCCUGGAUUGAAUCCAUGGACCAGGUUAAUAAUAAUUUGAAUCACACUUAAAUAAUUUGGAAACUACCCUGGUAAGAUGGCACAGGAACCAAUCAAAGAACAGUUACCAAAGGAAAGUCUUGAGGAAACUUAUCCUCAUAAACAUUUUCUGUCUGGUUUAUUGAUGACAUGCAUUGAAUAUGAUUUUCAUUUCAUUGAAUGUAUCAUUUCAUUUUAGACUGGUUAUUGUUAGUGGCCUCCUCUUAAUUAUUACCACUACCAUAUUUUGAAUAUGAUUUAUCAAUAGCCAUACAGUUUCUUUUGACCCAGGGCCUGUUGCAUAAAACUUUUGCCAUAAAAAAAUCUGGCAAAUAAACAAAAACUCUGGCAAACAGAACUAUGCCAAUGACACUUAACACAUUUAAACCCACUGGCAAAAUAAAUGCCAGAGUUUUUUGAUGUAACGCUCCUCAAUUUUCAAGGAGAAGUUAGAUCAGUGAGCUGGGACAGCAUGUGCGGAAGCCUCCCAUGUCAUUGUAGGUUCAGGAAGAAGAGACCAAGUGUUGGAUGAACAGAAAGAUCCGACAAGAGUAUUUCUAUGAACUAAAUCGAUACUGUGUUGAAGUAUAGAACCAUUUAAAGGGUGGAAGAUAAGAAGCAGUAUCUUCAUUUUAAUGGGAUCUUUGACUUAUAACCAGUGAAAAUAUUCAAUAACGGAUGUGACAUGGGUAUGAUUUUGUAGAGAGGGUGAUCAUAACGUCCUGCAGCAUUUAGGAGCCUUGAAGAUUGUACGAGGUCUAGGAAAGAGGUACAUGCAUACUGUUGUUAAGGUGUUUCCAUCCGAGUAAGACAUUGAAUGUUUGAGAUGUAAUGUUUUGUAAAUGAACUUGUAUUUAUGUAAUAAAAGCCAUUCCAUGUACAUAUGA